AGGACGGACGCUAGGGUCAGGAUGGCUGCACCACAGAAAGGAGAUCUCUCAGCAUCCGAAAGAAAGAUCCUACAAGUUAUUGCUGCUGGCGACGUUCAUGAAGCAGCGCAGCUUCUUUCCUCAAACGAAAUGAGAAUCAACUGUCUGGAUGAGAAUGGUAUGACUCCUCUGAUGCAUGCAGCCUAUAAGGGGAAGGCAGACAUGUGUAACCUCCUACUGCAACAUGGAGCUGAUGUCAACUGCAACCAGCAUGAGUAUGGAUACACUGCACUGAUGUUCGCUGGUCUCUCAGGAAAGAAGGACAUCACUUCUAUGAUGCUGAACGCAGGAGCUGAGACCGACCUGGUCAACUCUGUCGGGCGCACUGCUGCUCAGAUGGCAGCUUUUGUAGGUCAGCACGACUGUGUAACAGUCAUCAACAACUUCUUCUCACCAGCCAGGCUGGACUACUAUACCCGACCACAGGGACAGGAGAGGGAGCCCAAGCUCCCCCCCAGACUGGCUGGGCCCCUGCACAAGAUCAUCAUGACCACCAAUCUCAACCCAGUGAAGAUAGUCUUGCUGGUGAAGGAGGACCCUGUGCUGGUCGAUGUUACAGCAUUGGAGAAGUGUCAGCUGGUGCUGGAUCUACUAUGUGAACAGUGUGUGAAGCAGCAGGACAUGAAUGAAGUUCUGGCCAUGAAGAUGCACUACAUCAGCUGUGUGCUACAGAAGUGUCGGGCCUUCCUGCAGAAACAGGAUGACAAGCUGGAUUUACUGGUCAAAAGUCUAUUGAGGGGGAGAGAUAGUGAUGGCUUCCCACAAUACCAGGAGAAGUUUAUUCGAGACUGCAUUGGGAAGUUCCCUUACUGUGAAGCCACUCUUCUUCAGCAGCUGGUGAGCAGCCUUGCACCAGUAGAGAUUGGAAACAGCCCGACAGCAUUCUCGGUGCUAACACAGGCACUGACCGGUCAGAUGGCUUUUGCAGACGCCAACUACUGUGCAACAUGUGGAGAGAGAGGAGCUGACAGGAGGUGCUCCCUUUGUAAAGCAGUGACUUAUUGCAAUUUGGUGUGCCAAAAGCUUCACUGGUUUACCCACAAAAGGAUGUGCAGAUCGAUGCAGGAGCAGGACACGUCACAGGACUGUGACGCGCCUCGCCUGAAGGAGCUUAAAGAUGACGAGAGCGACCUGGUGCUGGAGACGGCCAACUUUCUACAGGAGCUUGUCCUGCGGGCAGAGGAGAAGGUGGCGGCGGCAGCAGGAGGCUGUCCGGCAGAACUGCUGUCAUAUCCAUCCACCUCUGAGCAGGGACCAUCCUCCUUUCAUGGCUGACACGUCAUGUUCAUCCCAGCGUUAACCUUCGCGCUUGCAUCAGAUAUAUAUACAUUUCUUUUUAGUUUAGACUAGUCAUACACAUGAAUGCAUGAAAACCAGUUGAAAUAGUGUGCAAAUGUAUUUGAUACAGUCGUAUAUUCUGAUGUAAUAACUGCAAGUGUCCCUUUCACAU